UCUCUUUCUAUCUCUGACUCUUAUCUUUCUGCCUUCACAAACACACACAUACACAGACAGAAAGACACACGUAGUAAUAUAAUAUUACAUACAUUUUUUUUUUCUGCAGAGUAUUCAGAGAUAAGAGAAGAUAUUUUACGACGACAGUGGCAGAAAGAACACCGCAUCACAGGCGAUUUCCGAAGCGCUGUCCGCAAACUCAACGAAAAGGACCGCGCAGGUCACAGAACAUCCACAGGCAGUCGAACAAAACGUAACGCCAAACAACGAAGUGGCGGACGAGGCAAAAGAACAUUUGAGACUUACAGAUACCGCCAUAACAGACGAUCUUGCACUCGUUACGAAAUGUUCGUUGACUUUGAAGAGAUCGGCUGGUCAGGAUGGAUUAUCUCCCCAAACAGUUACAAUGCUUAUCACUGCACCGGAGACUGCCCGUUCCCAUUGGGACAGAGUCAGAAGCCUACCAACCAUGCAACUGUUCAAAGCAUUGUCCACGCCUUGGGAGUAGGGAAGAAUGUUGGUACUCCUUGCUGUGUGCCCAACAAACUAUACUCCAUUAGUCUUCUCUAUUUUGACGACAACGAGAAUGUUAUCCUGAAGCAGUAUGAUGACAUGGUUGUCGCUAGCUGUGGUUGUCAUUGA